GGGAACAAUGUGACGGCCACGAUUUAUCGGCUGGCGUGUGCGUUCGCUAUGUGUGUGUGGAGUACUCUACUUACUUAAUCCGGGCGCUAGCUAGCUCGCACCGAUCGAUCUCUCGCACCCGUCCAAAGCUUUGGGUUUGGACUCUAGCUACAGCUGCCGUUGCAUCACCACCUGCCUACCUCACCGGCCUACGCUACUCCUACUCCAGCCCGCGUAUACAUACAUAUCUUUUCUUCCCAAGUCCCAACGUACAAUUCCCCUUCCAUUCUCCAUUCCUUCGCGCAUACAUCACUUUACUCUACUCUGCAUACAAAACCAGAGAUAUAGAUCAGCUAGAGCGAGAUCGGCCGGCGGCCAUGGUGAGCGUGGCGGUGCUCAAGGCGGCGGCGGCCGUGUGCGCCGUGCUGGCGUCCACGCUGGCGGUGUAUUUGUACAGGGUCCUGUGGCUGGUGCCCGAGAGGCUCCGCCGCCAGCUGCGAGCGCAGGGGAUCGCCGGGCCGCCGCCGUCCUUCCCUUACGGCAACCUCGCCGACAUGAGGAAGGCGUCCGCCGAGGCCAAACGGACGUCGUCGUCGUCGAUCGGCGUCGGCGGCGGCGGCGGUAGUAUCGUGCACGACUACCGCCCCGCCGUGUUCCCCUUCUACGAGACUUGGAGGAAGCAGUACGGCCCGGUGUUCACGUACUCGGUGGGCAACAUGGUGUUCCUGCACGUGAGCGAUGCGGCCAUGGUCCGGGACGUGUGCCUGUGCGUGUCCCUGGAGCUGGGCAAGAGCACCUACAACAAGGCCACACACCGGCCCCUCUUCGGCGACGGCAUCCUCAAGUCCAACGGCGCCUCCUGGUCCCGCCAGCGCAAGCUCAUCGCCCCCCAUUUCUUCCCCGACAAAGUCAAGGGUAUGGUGGAGCUGAUGGUGGGCUCGGCGAGGGCGCUGGUGAUGGCGUGGGAGGAGAGGGUGACGGCGGCAGCGGCGAAUGGCGGCUGCGAGGUGGAGCUGAAGGUGGACGACGACAUCAGGGCCUACUCGGCGGACGUGAUCUCCAGGGCGUGCUUCGGGAGCAGCUACGACAAGGGCAAGGAGAUCUUCGCGGCCAUCCGUGAGCUCCAGAAGACGGUCUCCAAGCCCAACCUUCUCGCUGAGAUGCUCACCGGAGGCCUCCUCCACAACAACCGGGACGCGUGGCGGCUCAACCGCAGCGUGGGCAAGCUGAUCCUCGACACCGUUAAUGCAACCGAGAAGGAGGAGAACAACCUUCUGAAUGCCAUGCUCCGUAGCGCGGCUGCUGCCGCCGAGGCCGGAGAAGGAGAUGGAGAAGGCGGCGGUGGGCUGAGCAAGGCUGCGGCGGAGGAUUUUGUUGUCGAUAACUGUAAGAACAUCUAUUUCGCUGGGUACGAGAGCACGGCCAUCACGGCGGCCUGGUGCCUCAUGCUCCUCGCCCUGCACCCGGACUGGCAGCGCCGGGUGCGCGGCGAGGUGCUUUGCGAGCUCCCCGACGACGGCACGGCUACUCUCCCAGACUCCUCCUCCCUCCAGAAGAUGAAGCAGCUGACGAUGGUGAUCCAGGAGACUUUAAGGCUAUACCCGGCAGGGUCGGUGGUGUCGCGGCAGGCGCUGCCGCGGGACGGGGUGACCCUGGGCGGGGUACGGGUGCCGGGGGGAGUGAACGUGUACGUGCCAGUGUCCACGGUGCACCUGGACGAGACCCUUUGGGGGAGCCGCGCGCUGGAGUUCGACCCGGCCCGGUUCGCGGCGGGCUCCGGCUCAACCGCCCCGCACAUGUACCUGCCGUUCGGGGCCGGCGCACGGUCCUGCCUCGGCCAAGGGUUCGCCAUGGCCGAGCUCAAAGUCCUGCUGGCGCUCGUGCUGGCCAGGUUCGAGGUGAGGCUGUCACCGGCUUACGUGCACUCUCCGGUGCUCAGGCUCGUUGUAGAGCCGGAGCACGGCGUCAGGCUCCUGCUCACGCGCGUGCGUGCGUAGAGUGGCCUAGCUAGGUUGUGAUGACCGGAUCGAGCUUGAUUAAUUGGAUCGACAAUGCGAAUAUGCGAUUGUGUGAGAUGUAACCUGAGGUUGAGUUACUAGGGACAUUUUUGUGUUUCUUCUCCGCGAUGCAUGCAUUUCUCCUCUUUGCA